AUGGUCUCCUCUUACGAGCCCGGAACUCGUUGCUGGGUCAAGGAUGACAAAGAAGGCUGGGUCGGCGCCUCUGUCGAAGACAAGGUGAUUGAUGGCAAUAAAGUUACUCUGACACUAAAAACAGAACAAGAAAAGGAGAUAACUAUUGAAACAACUGCCGAGGAUAUCCAAAAUAAUAGUGAAUCUCUCCCCCCACUACGAAACCCUCCAAUUUUAGAAGCCACUGAAGAUUUGACCAGUUUAUCAUAUCUCAAUGAACCUGCCGUUCUUCAUGCGAUCCGCAUGCGAUAUCGCCAACUUAACAUUUACACCUAUAGUGGUAUUGUUCUUAUCGCUACAAACCCCUUUCAAAAGAUAGACAGUUUAUACACCUCUGAUAUUAUUCAAGCCUAUUCAGGAAAAACUCGCGGUGAACUUGAACCACAUUUAUUUGCUAUCGCAGAAGACGCUUACAGAUGUAUGCUUCGUGAUAAUAACAAUCAAACGAUUGUUGUCUCCGGUGAAUCUGGUGCGGGUAAAACUGUCAGUGCAAAGUUUAUUAUGAGAUAUUUUGCUACUGUCGAGGAUCCUGACCACCCCCGGAAACGUGCUGGUGCUGAAUCUAUUAAUAAGACUGAAGAGCAGAUUUUAGCUACAAACCCUAUUAUGGAAGCCUUUGGUAAUGCAAAGACUACUCGUAAUGACAACUCUUCUCGUUUCGGAAAGUAUUUGGAAAUCCUCUUCAAUGAAAAUGUCGACAUUAUUGGUGCCAAAAUUAGAACUUAUUUACUUGAACGCUCCAGAUUGGUUUUUCAACCUCCCACUGAGCGGAAUUACCACAUUUUUUACCAGCUUAUUUGUGGUUCCACUCCGGAAGAAAAGGAGGCUCUUGGUCUCACCUCUACAGAAGAUUUUCAUUAUCUCAAUCAAGGUGGCGACCCUAAACUCCCUAAUGUCGAUGAUGCUGAAGAAUUUGCUGCCACUAAAAAAGCACUAAGUACUAUUGGAAUUGAUGAUGCUGUUCAAUAUGAUAUUUUCAAGCUUCUUGCUGCUCUUCUUCAUAUUGGUAACAUCAACAUUACAGCUACUCGUACAACUUCAUCUCUCUCUUCGGAUGAACCUGCUUUAGCAAAGGCUUGUGAUCUUUUGGGAAUUGACCCCACUCAGUUUGCAAAGUGGACUACUAAAAAACAAAUUGUCACAAGAAGCGAAAAGAUUAUUUCUAAUCUAAACCUUCAACAGGCCACAGUUGUUCGUGAUUCAGUAGCAAAAUAUAUUUACUCAGCCCUUUUCAACUGGCUUGUUCAUAAUAUCAAUCAGGGAUUGUGCACUUCCGAAAUUGAGGCUGAGAUCAAAUCAUUUAUUGGUGUUUUGGAUAUUUACGGUUUUGAGCAUUUCAAGAAGAAUUCUUUUGAACAGUUCUGUAUCAACUAUGCUAAUGAGAAGCUUCAACAGGAGUUUAACCAACAUGUAUUCAAACUUGAACAGGAUGAGUAUGUCCGAGAAGAAAUUGAAUGGAAGUUCAUUGAAUUUUCAGACAACCAGCCUUGUAUCAAUCUUAUUGAAGCCAAACUUGGUAUCCUUUCUCUUUUGGAUGAAGAGUCAAGACUUCCCUCUGGUUCCGAUGAAACUUGGGUUGAAAAGCUUUACCAGCAUUUUAACACCCCCCAACACAAUAAAUUCUUUAAGAAGCCUCGCUUUGGAAAGUCGUCUUUUAUUGUCAACCACUACGCUAUGGAGGUUUCUUAUGAAUGCGAAGGCUUCAUUGAAAAGAACCGUGAUACAGUUCCUGACGAACAUCUCGAGGUCUUGCUUAACACUUCUAACGGUUUCCUUAAAUCGGUCAUUGAUUUCAAUCAAGAGCUUGCUAAUGCUACGGAAAAGGCUUCAGCUUCAGCUGCCAAGUCCCGUAUUGCUGUUAAUAGAAAGCCCACCCUUGGUAACAUUUUCAAGGGAUCUCUUAUCGAGCUUAUGAAAACUAUUAAUUCUACUAAUGUCCACUACAUUAGAUGUAUUAAGCCCAAUGAGGCUAAAGAAGCUUGGACUUUUGAUGGCCCUAUGGUUCUUGCUCAACUUCGUGCAUGCGGUGUUCUGGAAACAAUUAGAAUUUCUUGCGAUGGUUUCCCCACCCGAUGGACUUAUGAAGAGUUUGCAGACCGUUAUUAUAUGUUAGUUCCUUCUAAGGACUGGACUAACACCAACAUUCAAGAUUUCUGUAAAAUCAUUCUUGAACGCUGCAUUAAUACUCAGGACAAGACUGACAAGUACCAACUUGGUAAGACAAAGAUUUUCUUCCGUGCUGGUAUGCUUGCUUGGCUUGAGAAGUUGAGAAGUGACCGCCUUAACCAAUGCGCAAUUAUUAUUCAAAAGAAUUUGCGAAUGUUGUAUUGGCGCAAGCGUUACAAUCUUGUAAGAGAAAGCAUCGUUAAUUCUCAAGCUCUUGUUCGUGGUUUCCUUGCCCGUCGCAAAGUCCAACAACUCCGUGAAGAAACUGCCGCAAUCAACAUUCAAAGACUGUGGCGUGGCUAUAAGCAACGUGUUGUAUACCAACAAGCCAGAACAUCUAUUAUCUCUUUGCAGUCUGUCAUUCGCGGCUGGCUUGUUCGUCAUAAUAUCUUGCAGAAUCGUUACAACGCAGCUGCUACUGUUAUUCAGCGUAUAUUCCGCGGUUACGUUGCUCGCAAGAAUUUCAAGGCUACUGUUCACAAGGUUUGCAUUAUCCAAGGUCUGUGGCGCAGCAAGCUGGCUCGCCGUGAACUUGCUCAGCUUCGUGAAGAGGCUCGAUCUGUCACUCAUUACCAGGAGGUUCAGUAUCAUCUUGAAAGUAAAGUUGUUCAACUCACACAGAAUCUUACCGAUCAUAAGAACGAGAACAAGAAACUCAAAGAAGUCAUUGAGAGUCUUAAUGAUCAGCUUUCUGUUUGGCAAAAUAAGCAUGCCGAAUCCACUGCUAUUGUAGCGGCGUUAGAAGCCAAAACUGAGCAGUCAAGAAAAACUAACUUGGAGGCAGUGACUGUUAUGCAAUCGCAAAUCGAUUCCUUGACUAAAGAAUAUGACCAAGCUCUUCUUAACUACCAGAACUUGGAGAAAGAAAAGCAGGGAAUUGAGGGUGCUCUUGCCGAAAAGGAGCUUGCUCUUGCUACCUCUCAAGAGACUCUUCGUGACUAUGAACAGUCUAACACCAGUCUUUUGGAGACUGUUGAAGAGCUUCGGAGAAACCUUGAUUCUGCUACAGCUAAGGCUUCUAUUGGCGCUGUUGAGCUUGGUGCUGCUUCUAAUGCUCUUAGACGCAGCAACAAACGCCGCAGUUUGGAUGAUACUUCAUUUGCUGCAAAGGAUGCUUCCAAUUUCACCCCCCGUCCUGCUUCUGUUAUGUACUCUGACCUCAAACGUAUUGAUGACGAGGAAACUGCAGAAGCCCAGUUCAAUGAAAUUAAUAAUGAGUUAGAAAGACUUUUGGAGAACUACAAGCUUCUUUGUGACGAAGUUGUUAAGGGUGUCAUUAGCACGUUAAAGAUUCCUGUUCCUUCACCUUCGGACGAGGUUCCUCCCAAGGAAAUCUUCUUUCCUGCUCACAUUAUCAGCACGGUCACUUCAGAAAUGUGGCGUAUGGGUUAUGUGAAGGAGUCGGAAGACUUCCUUGGCCAGGUCAUGCAUGCUAUUCAAGAGACUGUUACUCAAGACUCUGGCGAUGACAUUAUUAAUUCUGGUGCUUUUUGGAUUUCAAAUGUCCACGAAAUUUGGUCCUUUAUUUGUGUGGCACAAAACAAUAUCGUGUCUAAUGAAACACUGCGUGAGGAAAUGGGCAUCGAAAUGUUCCACCAGUACAAUAGACUCGUUGAGGUUGCAAAGCAAGAUUUGGAAAAUCUGGAGUUUAACAUUUAUCAUGCUUGGAUGAAGCAACUGAAACGUUCUUUGGACAAGAUAAUUGUUCCUGCCGUUGUUUUAUCUCAAUCGCUUCCUGGUUUUAUUACGCCAGAAAAUACUAGAUUCCUUACCAAGAUGUUUGCGUCUUCUAGCACACAACCUGCCACCAUGGAUGACUUGCUGAGCUUGUUUAAUAAGGUGUACAAGGCUAUGAAGGGAUACUACCUUUCUAAGGAAUUUAUCAAGAUCCCCAUCAUUGAGUUACUGAAGCUCGUUGGCGUUAAAUCUUUCAACGAUUUACUUAUGCGCCGUAACUUUGCUUCUUGGAAGCGUGGCCUUCAGAUUAACUAUAAUGUUACGCGUAUUGAGGAAUGGUGCAAAGCACAUGACAUUAGUGAGGGCAUCAUUCAGCUGGAGCACAUAAUGGAGAGUGUUAAGCUGUUGCAGCUUAAGAAGGUGACUCUGGAAGACAUUGACAUUCUCUAUGACAUUUGUUGGACUCUUACACCUUUGCAAAUUCAAAAGCUGAUUAGUCAAUACUUGAAUGCAGACUACGAACCGCCUAUUUCAGAUGAUGUUUUGAAUGCAGUAGCUGCACGGGUGAAGAACAAUGAUUCAUCUACUCAGUUGAUGCUUGAAGCCAUUCCUCUAGAUGAUAGUGGUCCAUACGAAAUUACUGAUCCUCGUCCAUUAUCACGCUUAGAGCCUUAUGUUCCAGCAUGGCUACAAGUUCCUAAUGUCAAAAGGCUUUCUGAGAUUGCCGAGAUUAUUAAUUCUAGCCCAAUGCAAAAUAUCGAAGAGGUUGAGGAGGAGGGGUAUGCGGAUGAGAAGUUAUUACUUGGGGGUGGUAUGGGUAUCGAGGACGGGAUUGUCUCUGGGUUUGCCAAUGGUGAGAUCAAUGGUGGCCACCCUGCGGCGGUCCAAGAAUAA